CACUCAGCACUCAGCACUCUCCUUUAGGAGCCUUCCACUCAUUUUCCUUCAUAAAUCUCUCCCUCUGUUUCUUCCCUCUUCCGAAUCUCUCAAAACGCUGAGAUGGGUCGGCUUGCGCCAUUGUCGGAGGAGCCCGUCAACCAAGAAGACGACAGCUCAAACAGCUCCAAGAAAGGUCGAGGUCUCACAUGGCGGAACUGGAUCAAGACCCACCUCUCCCUCGUCUUCAACAAGAAAUCCGACCUCCGGAUCCUCCUCAGCGUCCUGGGUUGCCCUCUCUUCCCCAUUCCGCUCCAUCCCAAACAACCCACCACCACCGAGGUCUCCUCCUCGGCACAAUAUAUCAUACAACACUUCACGGCGGCGACUGGCUGCCGGAAACUAGAGGGGACGGUGAAGAACAUUUUUGCCACCGGAAAAGUGUCCAUGGCCAUGGUGGAUGAGCCGGGCGCUGGCGGCUCGGCUGCCGGAGCCACCGGAGAGUCGCAAAAAGGGUGCUUUGUAAUGUGGCAGAUGGUCCCCAAUAUGUGGCUGAUUGAGCUCGUUGUGGGUGGUCACAAGGUUGUAGCCGGUAGUGAUGGCAACAUGGCUUGGCGCCACACGCCGUGGCUCGGCGCGCAUGCCGCCAGAGGCGGUGUUCGUCCUCUCCGGCGAGCACUUCAGGGACUAGAUCCUUUGGCCAUAGCGGCCGUAUUUUCGCCAGCACAGCACUUGGGAGAAAAGCGAAUUUCAGGCGUUGAUUGUUUUGUGCUGAAAUUGUCAGCUGAUCAAACGGACCUGGCUGAACGUGGCGACAACACUGCAGAGAUGAUAAAGCAUGUUAUAUUUGGCUACUUCAGCCAAAGAAGUGGGCUCCUGGUAUAUUUAGAGGACUCUUACUUAACCAGGAUUCAAUCCCCUGGGACGCACCCCAUGUACUGGGAGACCACAAUGUCAACAAAAAUUGAAGACUAUCGGACGGUGGAGGGCGUGAUGAUCGCUCACGCUGGCCAAUCAAGUGUGAUCAUCUCACGGUUCGGUGACAACUUGAAGGCGGGCCCCGCGAUCACACGGAUGGAGGAGAAAUGGGCCAUCGAUGACCUCUCAUUCAACGUCCCUGGCCUCUCCAUCGAUUGUUUCAUUCCUCCUAACGAAGUACAAACGGAAUAUCCAGGGGAGGAUCUUGCUUGGAGAUCACCGAUAGAUGAAUGAUCAUGAUUUUGAUCGGGUGGUGCUAAUUGCUUCUUGAAGAGUGCUUUAUAUCGUUGACUUUGACCACAAUAGGUGACCCUUAAGUUUUAUGUACAUAUAUCAUGUGGAUACAAUUUUUCCUCGAGGAAUUCAUUGUUUAUCAAAUAAUGUUUUGUUUUUGUAUACAAAAAAUACAUGUGA